AAUUCUAGGAAUAAAAACCAUUUGCACACAAUUUAAAGCAGCAUUGUCAACCAGAAGUACUGUACAUACAGAAGAAGACAAGCAACUCUAUCGAAAUAUAAUAGAAAACAGCAUUAGAACUCUAGCAACAGGAGUACAAGAAGAAGAUAUACCAUCCGAAAUAUCGAUCCGGAUACAAAACAUAUUUAAUAGAUUACCACCUGCAAACGAUCAAUUACCAGACUUACAACGAAACAACAUUGAUUACUGGCCACUAGAAUUGCCAUCAGCAAUACUACAAAUUGAACAAUUAAUAAUCCAA